CCUGCGCCCUGUGAGCCGCCGACCGAACCAAGCCAGGGAAGCGGCCCACCAGCCACCAGGCGGCCUGGCGGAGGCAGUGCCCGUGGAGCAGUGGCAGCGCAGGAGCGCCUCUGGCUGGGGGGAAGGGAGGAAGGAGGAGAAACAAAGGCGAGCGUGCCUGGCGCCGCCCUCCCUGCGCCGCCCACCAUGUGUCAGUCAGAGGCGCGGCGAGGACCGGAGCUCCGCGCAGCGAAAUGGUUGCACUUCCCCCAGCUGGCCCUGAGGCGGAGGCUGGGACAGUUGAGCUGCAUGUCCAGACCCGCCCUGAAACUGCGCUCCUGGCCCCUGACCGUCCUCUACUACCUCCUGCCCUUCGGUGCCCUCAGACCGCUCAGCCGGGUGGGAUGGAGGCCCGUGAGCAGGGUGGCCCUGUACAAGUCGGUACCAACGCGCUUGCUGUCGCGGGCCUGGGGCCGCCUCAACCAAGUAGAGCUGCCGCAUUGGCUGCGCAGGCCUGUCUACAGCCUAUACAUCUGGACCUUCGGGGUGAACAUGAAGGAGGCCGCCGUGGAGGACCUGCACCACUACCGCAACCUCAGCGAGUUCUUCCGGCGCAAGCUGAAGCCGCAGGCCCGGCCCGUGUGUGGCCUGCACAGCGUGAUCAGCCCGUCGGAUGGGAAGAUCCUCAACUUUGGGCAGGUGAAAAACUGCGAGGUGGAGCAGGUGAAAGGGGUCACCUACUCACUGGAGUCGUUCCUGGGCCCGCGCACCUCCACAGAGGACUUGCCUUUCCCACCAGCCACCUCCUGCAGCUCCUUCAGGAGCCAGCUGGUCACCCGGGAAGGGAACGAGCUCUACCACUGCGUCAUCUACUUGGCCCCCGGGGAUUACCACUGCUUCCACUCUCCCACUGACUGGACCGUUUCCCACCGGCGCCACUUCCCAGGCUCCCUGAUGUCCGUGAACCCUGGCAUGGCCCGCUGGAUCAAAGAGCUCUUCUGCCACAAUGAGCGAGUAGUCCUGACUGGGGAUUGGAAACAUGGCUUCUUCUCACUCACAGCCGUGGGGGCCACCAACGUGGGCUCCAUCCGCAUCUACUUCGACCGGGACCUGCACACAAACAGCCCAAGGUACAGCAAGGGCUCCUACAACGACUUCAGCUUCGUGACGCACGCCAACAAGGAGGGCAUCCCCAUGCGCAAAGGCGAGCACCUGGGCGAGUUCAACCUGGGCUCCACCAUCGUGCUCAUCUUUGAGGCCCCCAAGGACUUCAACUUCAAGCUGAAAGCAGGACAGAAAAUCCGAUUCGGGGAGGCUCUGGGCUCCCUCUAGAGCCUCUUUCCUGGCUGUGGAUGCCGAGGGAUCUUUUCCAAACAGAAAUGGGAGGGUCUUUCUGAGGGGAAUCUCUGCAGCUGUCCCGGGGAGUGGACUGUCUUGGGGCCAUGGGAUCUGACAGUGGGUGACUUCUGUCCCUGCUGUCCCAGAAGUGCAGAUGACGAAGUCAGAGCCCAUCAUGCCCUAGACCUACAUUGUCCCUUCCCACCCUAAAGAGAAAGAAAGUGCAGGCCGGGAUGAUCUCAGAUUCCCUUUGGGAGACUUUUUAACCUACUGUAUAAACUGGAGACCCUACAUCUCCUGGCUGAGCGUUCCGUUGGUCUUGAUUUCCAUUUUAAGAUGAUAAGUGAUAAAUAUACCUUCUUGCUGCUCCUUCCAUCACUGCUUUUUGGCCUUCUCCCUCUGCCUCCCCUGCACGGGGUGAGGUGCCUCUGGCACUGUGGGCCAGCACUGCCCCCCAGAGCAGGGUCAUAUGGCCUUUAAUGCGACGGCUUUCUGUCCCAAAUUUAUUUGCCCCACCCUGCUCUUUGGGAAAAAUGGUCUUUCUUUGUGCUUGUGGCUAAACACAUCACCCCUGGCUCCGCCAGCAUCUUCUGCGGAUGGUGACGAAUGGUGUGGCACUUUGCAGGCCCCAGUGAGUGACCUUCUGGAGCUGGCAAGUCCACUCUGUAGGAGGCAAGAACAAUUGCUGCACCCGCCUGAAUGGUGUCCAAAGUGAAUGGGGCCAGGGGAGAGCUUGCGUCCCCGCCCCGUAUCCAGACCGACAUAAAAUACGGGGACGUUGCUGCUAUUGAUUGAUUCAGGGGCUUGUGUUGGAGGCAGAAGAAGAGCCUUGGAGUGUCUGGGGGAAGGGGUCAGUGCCUAGAAAACCUGUCCCCAGGUAACAGGUACGCAGUCUUUGGGGAGCCACUGACGGUGGGGACAGGGCCAGGUUUCAUCUUUCCUGGGGAUGCUGUGAAUUUCUCCUGCAGGAGAAGCCAUUUGAACUUUUUCAACUGUAUCAGUAGCACAGUAUUUUUGUAUGAAAAGUGGGAGACUUCUGAACAGUAAUUCAUUUAAUUGCAACAAUUUGAAAUAAAAAAAUAAAACUCAUCGCA